AUGUCUAAAUUGAUAGUAAUCGUCGGCAUAACUGGAAAGCAAGGUGGAAGUGUCGCGGAUGUUUUCCUCCAAGACCCAACGUGGCGUGUCCGCGGUCUCACGCGUGAUCCAUCUAGAGACACGGCCAAGGAGUGGAUCUCCAAAGGAGUUGAUAUGGUGGCUGGCGACCAAGAUGACCUCGAGUCUCUGAAAGCAGCCUUCGCUGGCGCUGAUGUGAUCUACGGUGUCACCGACUUUGCCCCGCCAAUGUACGACGCCGAAAGUCACAAGGUCGCCGCUCAGCAGGGGAUCUCGAUCAACGAAUUUGCUCAUAAUCUGGAGGUUCGACGCGGCAAAAAUCUCGCUAUUGCCGCUGCGAGCAUUCCGACUCUUGGACGUUACGUCUAUUCAACGCUCAGUGAUGCCCGAAAACUAUCAAAAGGGAAAUACGUACAUGUUUAUCAUUUUGACUCAAAGGCUACGGUCGCUGAAUACAUCAAGACGGCGAAAGAGAUGGAAGACCUUGCUCGGAAGACUAGUUUCUUGCAGGUUGGCCUGUACGCGGACAAUUGGAAGUCCGGCUUCCCAGAGAUUCAGAAGAAUGCUGAUCAUUCUUUCUAUCAUGUUGGCUUAGGCGACGGGCACACGAAAUUACCAUUCAUCUGGGCGCGAAAGGAUGUCGGGGUUUUGGUGAAGGGCCUUGUUUCAGCGGAAGGUGGGAAAAUGCUUCUGGGGUACAGCCAAAACAUCAGCUGGCGGCAAUUUAUGGAAAUAUGGGCAGAGACUCUCAAUGUCCCGCUAGCGGACAAUGCUCAUCAUCAAAUAUCAGAGGAGGCCUUGGAGGACCUUCUUCCUGCCUUCCCGGAGGGAGUGUUGACACAAGAAUUCUCGGAAUGUUUUGCAUAUUUUGAAGAAUUUGGGUAUGACGGUGGUGAUCCUAAUGUGAUUCACCCGAAGGACGUCGAUGUUGCUGAAAAUUUGACGCCAUUGAAGGAGUAUAUCAAGAGUGAGGACUGGUCAAAAAUUUUGCAAUAG